AAAUACAAAAAGUAGACGCCCAUAAUCCGCAGGUUGUCUUUCUCAGGACCAGCCUGCGCUACGUUGCUCGCCUGUCCCAUAAAUCCCAAUCCCAAACAAAGCCCACAAGUAGAUUUCUUGAAAAAAAACAUUGUCCACACGAAGAAUUAUUGCUGUCUGAAUUCUCAUUUUCAUGCACCAAAAAUUAAUUUAAACAAGAAAAAGAUAUCCAACUACCCACGCGGCCGCUUCACUUGCCUCGUAAACUUGAAAACAGAUUUCAAAUAUUUCCCAAGAUUCUUCUCCCACUUUCUCUCUUCUGCAAGCACCACUUCACUUUCUGUACUGAAUUUGGUGGUUUGAUGAGAGAUUUUAGGCGGGAAAUCUGAGGAUGAUCGAUUCAUCUCCGUCGUCGGCGGAAUCCAGCUUCCGGGAGCUGGAUGAAGUUUUCUUGCAGGUGCAGGUCCCCCUUUUUGCACGCACAACUCACAGUGACCCAGACAAGAAUAUGGCUUGGGGAAGUUCUCAACGCAAGAUUUGAUGAGGAGUUGUAUAUCUCUGAUUUGCUUCAAGAUGGGGAGAUAUUGUUUGAAGUUUCUAAGGUUGUGUGGAAUUUGUUGUUGACAAAAUGCAUGGAGCUUAGACAUUUGAGACAUAAAUAUGGGCCAUUUGGUUCUAAGAAGAGCAGUGGGAGGUACAGGCCUUACUCCAACGUCGAUUCCUUUCUGAAGAUAUGCAAAAUUCUGGGAUUGAGCGGCAUUGACCUCUUUUCACCAUCAGAUGUUGUUGAGAAAAAGAAUGUUCGAAAAGUUUGCAUUUGCAUACGAGCACUCUCAAAGAAAGCCAGGUCGAAGCAACUAAGUGUUCCCGACUUUGAUAUGGUUAUAAACUCAGUAGCCAUGCCAACAGAUAUGGUCGGGGUAAUUAGAAGGAGCUUGGAAUCAUCACAAUGCACCCUUUCAAGUUCAUCCAGUUACAGUUCACGCAAGGGUUCACAAAUGAAGUUGAAACAGAAAAAUCUGUGUGCACCAUCUAAUAGAGAUGAUGAUAGUAGCUCUGAAGAUUCGGAUGAGGCAGAAAGCAGAUAUAUGGGUGAAAUUUCCUUUUCAUCGGCAGGCAAGAUUAAUUAUGCCGAUGGAGUAACCUCCGACCUAGAAAAUUCACCUGAAUCAGAUGUUAAAUGCCAAUGUACAGAUGAGUUUAAACACGGACAGAGGAAAUCAGCUUCUUUAUCUAAGACAGUGCAAUCAGCUUCUUUAUCUAAGACAGUGCAAUCAGCUUCUCCACAAGAUCUUAUGAAUGAUCAUGAGCUCGAUCAAAUGUCUUCUUGUGGCAUCAUUUCGAAGAAAAAGUUAAACCACUGUGUUUCACAUGUAAAUAAUGAAGAGAGAUGUAACGGCAGAAAUGGUACUGCAGACAUUUCCAAUAUCAACUUUACCCUUGAGAAUGAUGAUUCUGUCGUCGGAGACUCUUCAUGCGUCGAUGUAGGAGAAAGCAAUUACAUUUCAGAUUACUUGGCAUUUUCGGAUUUAAUGGUGCAUGCAACUGAUGGCAGCAAUACUGAUACUCUUGAUGGAGAAAACAAUCUAUUUGAUUUCUUUUUGAAUGUCGAUUCUCAAGGACUUACUUCGGAAAAAAGGAGUUUCCACAAUGGAUCCCGGAGGAAAUUUUCCGAGGACGAGGAAAUGGAGGUAUCUUCCACCACUAGCAUGAGCUCCAUUUUAGGCCGGCUGCUCAACUUGGAGUUUGACGACCAGUUUGAUGAGGAUGAUUCUUUGAGCACAAAUGUUUACUCCUUUGAGUCAAAGGAACAUGAGGCAGAAAAGCACUACAAAGAUUCAUUUGCACUAUCUGAACCCCCAAAAAUGGAGAUGUUUGAAACUCAAUCAGACACUAUGCCAUUUGAUUCAUCGGCAGCGCAACCUGAAAUGGAACCAAGUGCUUCUACUAAGUGUGAUCCUACAUCUCAGAGCAAAUGUGAAUUAUCUGGUAUAGAGUCUCUACAAGGUGAAUCACGUGACAUUCAAAUCAACAAUCUUGGAAAUGACUUAAGCCUGGAAAAGGAGAGUGAGGCUUUCAGGACAACCGUGCUCGGUCCAGACUCAGAUAUCUUGCAGUUUGGGGAAAAUCAUACUUCAGUUGUGAAAUCGGACCACUUAAAAUUUUCAUGCAACAAUGAAUCAGUUGAGGAGAGUGAAAGAUCCAGCAAACAGCUUGAAAACAUCAAUCCUCAAGUUUUUACUACUCAAAAUACAACUCUGGUUGUUUCAGAUGUAUGUAAAUCUGUUUCAGACAACGAUCCUUGCUUGCCCGUUAAGAACAUGAAUGGAGCUCAUGUAGUCAACAGCAUUCAAGAUAAUAUUACUUCCGCUGCUGAAAAUCAUAGUCAGGAUAAAAGAGAAAUCAGUCUGAAUAUUCUGCCAGAAAGUAUUCCAGAUGGAAGGAAAGACACAAAUUCUCAAUUGUCUCCUCCGAAGCCUGGUCGAAAGCCACUGCUGAAAACGGUUGUCAAAGGCACAGCCAUUGCAGGCGUCUUAUUUUUACUGCUGCACAUCGGCAGAAAAAGCAAAGGGAACAAUGCAGAAGAAACCAAGCAGUAUGCUCAGGGUUCCAGGUACAGCGGAUCAAAGACAUCAUCCACGAAGCAACGAACAGGAAGUGUGAGGAAAGGGAUAUAUCCAACAGAAAAGAUCAAGUUGUGAAGUCAAAGCUAGGAGACAUGUCGUCAGACGUAUACCAAAGAAGCCGCCUAUACCAUAUGGUCGUGCGACUAUUCAUCCUGUUGCUAAACUAGAGACCGGUCGGCUGUGAGUUGGAGAUUCUGCUCCCCAGAACAAUGGAAUAUGACCCUGUUGGAUGGCUUCUGCCAUUGUAAGAUUUUGACAUGGAUUAAACAGCUCUAAGUUAUACAUCUCUUCUUCCUUCAUAUAGUCAUGGUUAAUACUUAUCUA